UAUAGUUUCUCGUUCGCGAUUCAGAUCGCGUUUGGACUUCGGAGGAGACGUUCGCUCGCCAGUUCUAUAUAAAGCCAAUAUAGUUUGUUGUUUGUUGCCAGUGGUCACGGAACAGUAUUUAGAGAUUCCACCAUGCCGAAACCAGCUCUGUAUUACGCCACCCUGAGCCCCCCAUCCCGUGCGGUUCUUCUCACGGCCAAGGCGAUCGGACUCGACCUUGAACUGCGGCCAAUUAACCUGCUGAAGGGUGAGCAUCUGACGCCAGAAUUCCUCAAGCUGAACCCCCAGCACACAAUCCCAACGCUGAUCGACGGCGAGGCCACGAUCAUCGACUCGCAUGCCAUCUGCGCCUACCUGGUGGAAAAGUACGGCCAGGAUCAGCAGCAGCUUUACCCCAAGGAUCUGGUGCAGCGCGCCAACGUAGAUGCCCGGCUCCAUCUGGACUCUGGCCACCUGUUUGCCCGCCUGCGCUUCCUCUACGAGCCGAUUCUGUACUACGGGUCCACGGAUUGCUCCAUCGACAAGAUCGCCUACAUUCAGAAGUGCUGGGAGAUCUUGGAGGGAUUCCUCAAGGAGCAGCCCUAUUUAUGUGGCAGCGACCUGACCAUCGCCGACUUCUGCGCGGUGGCCACCGUGACCUCGGUCAACGAUGUUGCCCCAAUCGACGAGUUUAAGUUCCCGAAGUUGAACGCUUGGCUGAAGCGCCUCGAGGAGCUGCCCGACUACCAGGCGGUGAACGGUGAGGGCGCCGAUGAGCUGAAGGCCAUAUUCAAGGCCAAGCUGGCGGAGAACCGCGGCAAGUAGGCGGCUGGUCUUUCAUUUUUGUUUUGUAUACACACACUCUAUACACAUAUGUCUUGAAUAAAUAACUUAGUUCACAGGA